ACUGCUGAGGCAGCGGUGCUUCCGAAGGGCAAGGUAGGGCCCUCCCGUGCUCGGGCCGCACCCUGGAAUUGGUUUGGCCCCCCACUGCCCACGUGAGCCCCCGUCACCCGGCGCCGGCGGCAGCACCAGCCCGGCCGAACCAGCGGAAGUGUCGUGUUGGCGCCUCGCCCCCCGGCCCGCUCCCGGAGGAGCGGUGAUAUCCCCGCCUCUGCUAUGGUGCAUGCGCACAGGCGACCCCAUCCCGGCAGUCGCCGCCGCCGCCGCCUCCGCCAACGAGGAGUCGGAAAGUUCAAAAUGGCUGCUGCAGAACCCCUGGCGCCGCCGCGGGAACCUCCCGAGGUAGAAGACGCUGAUAUUUCAGAAAAAAGUAUCAAUGAAGAAAAUGGAGAACUAUCAGAGGAGGAGCAAUCGCAAAACAAACAUAGUCGUCACAAAAAAAAGAAGCACAAACACAGAAGUAAGCAUAAGAAACAUAAACAUUCUUCAGAAGAAGACAAGGACAAAAAACACAAACAUAAGCAUAAACACAAGAAACAUAAACGGAAAGAGGCUAUUGAUGCCUCUGACAAAGAAGGUAUAUCGCCAGCAGUAAAAAGAACUAAAAUUGAUGACUUAGCUUUGCUAGAAGAUUUGGAGAAACAAAGAGCUUUGAUCAAAGCUGAGCUCGAUAAUGAAUUAAUGGAAGGCAAGGUCCAAUCUGGGAUGGGGCUGAUUUUACAAGGUUACGAAUCAGGUUCAGAAGAGGAGGGAGAAAUCCACGAAAAGGCAAGAAAUGGAAAUAGACCCACCACUAGGUCAUCAAAUGCCAAGGGGAAAAUUGAACUUGUGGACAAUAAGACCAGCUCAAAAAAACGAAGUAAAAGUAGGUCAAAAGAACGGACUAGACACAGAUCUGAUAAAAAGAAAAGUAAGGGCAGUGUUGAAGGAAUCAAAGAAAAAACUACGCGGAGUAAGUCUAAGGAAAGGAAAAAAUCAAAAAGUCCAUCCAAAAGAAGCAAGUCUCAAGAUCAGACGAGGAAAUCCAAAUCUCCUCUACUUAAAAGGCGAUCGCAAGAGAAAAUUGGAAAAGCCAAAUCUCCCAUGGAAGAGAAACUUAAAAUAGAAGACAAAACGAAGUCAAAAGAUCGCAAAAAAUCCCCAGUCGUAAAUGAAAGCAAAGCUCGGGAUCGUGGCAAAAAAUCCAAAUCUCCAACAGAACUAAGAAGCAAAUCCAAAGACAGGAGGUCACGAUCCAAAGACCGCAAAUCCAAGAGGUCUGAGGCGGAGAAGGAAAAGAAGCCGCUGAAAUCUCCCUCGAAGGAUGCUUCUUCGGGGAAAGAAAACCGGUCCCCUAGUAGAAGGCCAGGUCGCAGUCCUAAAGGAAGAAGUUUAUCGCCAAAGCAGCGUGACAAAUUGAGACGAAGUCGGUCCCCUCUCUUAAAUGAUCGCAGAUCAAAGCAGAGCAAAUCACCUUCUCGAACCCAGUCUCCCGGAAGAAGAGCCAGGAGCCGCUCAUUAGAAAGAAAACGUCGAGAGCCAGAGAGGAAGCGGCUUUCUUCCCCGAGAACACGACCUAGGGACGAUAUCCUUGGUAGACGGGAAAGAUCCAAAGAUGCCAGCCCAAUCAGUAGGUGGUCUCCAACCAGAAGAAGAUCCAGUAGAUCACCCAUCCGAAGACGAUCUCGAUCCCCACUCAGGCGCAGCAGGUCUCCAAGAAGGAGAAGCAGAUCUCCUCGGCGAAGGGACCGAAGUCGUAGGAGUAGAUCUCGUCUGAGGAGGAGGUCUCGCUCUCGGGGCGGGCGAAGACGAAGAAGUAGAAGUAAAGUAAAAGAAGACAAAUUUAAAGGAAGCCUUUCUGAGGGAAUGAAAGCAGAGCAAGAAUCCUCAUCUGACGAGAACCUUGAAGACUUCGAUGUGGAGGAAGAAGAUGAGGAGGCUGUAAUAGAGCAAAGAAGAAUGCAGAGGCAAGCAAUUGUACAGAAAUAUAAAUACCUUGCUGAGGAUAGCAAUCUGUCUAUGCCGUCUGAGCCAAGCAGCCCACAGAGCAGCACCCGAACACGAUCACCCUCCCCAGACGACAUUCUGGAACGUGUAGCUGCUGACGUUAAGGAAUACGAACGGGAGAACGUUGACACCUUUGAGGCCUCUGUAAAAGCCAAGCACAAUCUCAUGACUGUCGAACAGAACAAUGGCUCGGCUCAGAAGAAACUGUCGGCUCCUGACAUGUUCACAGAAUCUGAUGACAUGUUUGCUGCAUACUUUGAUAGUGCUCGACUGCGGGCGGCUGGCAUUGGAAAGGAUUUCAAAGAGAAUCCUAACCUUAGGGAUAAUUGGACUGAUGCAGAAGGCUAUUACCGUGUGAACAUCGGCGAAGUCCUCGAUAAGCGUUACAAUGUCUACGGUUACACGGGGCAGGGCGUCUUCAGUAACGUAGUGCGAGCCAGAGAUAUGGCAAGAGCCAACCAAGAAGUCGCAGUAAAAAUCAUCAGAAAUAAUGAGCUAAUGCAGAAAACUGGUUUGAAAGAACUGGAGUUUUUGAAAAAGCUUAACGACGCUGACCCUGAUGAUAAGUUUCAUUGCCUGCGACUCUUCCGACACUUUUACCACAAGCAGCAUCUCUGUCUUGUAUUUGAACCUCUCAGCAUGAAUUUACGAGAGGUACUGAAGAAGUAUGGUAAGGAUGUUGGGCUUCACAUAAAAGCCGUACGGUCCUACAGUCAGCAGUUAUUCCUGGCAUUGAAACUCCUUAAAAGGUGCAACAUCCUUCACGCCGAUAUCAAACCGGACAACAUCUUGGUGAAUGAAUCAAAAACUAUUUUAAAGCUUUGUGAUUUUGGGUCAGCCUCACAUGUUGCCGAUAAUGACAUUACUCCAUAUCUCGUCAGUAGAUUUUAUCGUGCUCCUGAAAUAAUUAUAGGUAAAAGCUAUGACUAUGGUAUAGAUAUGUGGUCUGUAGGCUGCACCCUUUAUGAACUUUAUACUGGAAAAAUACUAUUUCCUGGCAAAACAAAUAAUCAUAUGUUGAAACUUGCCAUGGACCUGAAGGGAAAAAUGCCGAAUAAGAUGAUACGUAAAGGGGUGUUCAAAGAUCAGCAUUUCGAUCAAAAUCUCAACUUCAUGUAUAUAGAAGUAGAUAAAGUGACAGAAAGGGAGAAAGUGACGGUCAUGAGCACCAUUAAUCCAACCAAGGACCUGUUGGCCGACCUGAUCGGGUGCCAGCGGCUCCCAGAAGACCAGCGUAAAAAAGUACACCAGCUCAAGGACUUGUUGGACCAGAUCCUAAUGUUGGACCCGGCUAAACGGAUCAGCAUCAACCAGGCUCUGCAGCACGCCUUCAUCCAGGAAAAGAUUUAAAUGAGACGAAGAAGCUCCAAGGGUUUGAGUAAAUUAAAGUACAAAGACUGAAGCAAUGAUGUCCCAGCCGUUUAUUAAUGUAUAUAAGCCUAUAAAUAUCUUUCCCCGCCAAUUGAGGAAGCAUGAUCUAGUUGAAUUAACAUGAAGGCCGAUAUUUCGUUUAGAAAUGUCAGUCGCUCCGUUUGUGUCUUUAUGUGAGAAUUGUCCCUGUAGAACUGUUUUAAUUGCCAAGACUGCACAAAGUACAAUGCUACCGUGUAUGGUUGCAGUUCCCAUGAAAGCCAAGGCUCUGUGAUGCAAAGAACAGUAAUACCGGGUGGUUGAUUUGUUUUGAGCCGACAUGGCUUCAGUUUGGUCUCUGAGAAAAUGGCCAGCAUAAAUGCUGUUUAUAUUCACAUUUUCCUAGGUGUGUGUGUGCGCGCAGGCCACAGCAGCGUGCCCUUGGUGUAGUCAGUGCCGAAGGGGGCCCGUUCCUUCUUGCUCUGCCCGCAGGGAUGGUCUCCUUUUAAAGCAGGUUGUGUACAACUUUCAGUACACUGAAGGUAAGCUAAACCAUCCACAUCACUGAUGUUUUAAGAUGUUAUUUUACUGGAACAGCUGGCACAAUGAGGGACGGUAGUUUGGCGGCAGAAUUCCCUGCAUGUCGGGUAGAUGAAUCCUCUGUUUUAUAAUCUUUCUUUUUUUUUUUUUUUCCUUUUCUUUCAUUUUCCUGUUUGUUUUUUUUUUCCAUUGCAACUGUGGCGUAGUUACAACCUCGGUUCUUGUUCAUCACAUUUAAGAUUGGGGAGAGGGCACACUUGGUGGAUUAUAGAGCACCUUCAGUGUACUGUUUCUUCUUACUUUCAAUUUUUUUUAAAUCGACUGGCUAUAUAGACUUUGGAUACGUUUUGUUACUACGGUUCCCAACUAAUACGUAAAUGCCUACAGGAUUUUCAUUUACUAAUUACGAAUGUCAGGACCUCCUUCUUCUGAAAGCCCUCCUGUCUACAAGUUAGCUAGACAACAUUAAGUUUUUAACUCUUUGUAUGUCAUUUUGAAAAUGUACUGCUUUAUGGAAAAAGUGUUUUCAUUUGCUCAUUGUUUUCAUUAUUUGUGAUCAUGUUGUCUUUCAAUACAGGCAUAAACCUUCCACUCUUGAACAUAGCAGCUGCUUUUUAAAAGCGAAAAAAAGGAAAGCUGGGCACAGGCCACUCACCGCCUUCUCCUGGGGGUCUGAUUGCUGAGACACCACCUUCACCUUCCUCACAAGGUGCAGCUGAAAAGAAGGUGACGAUCUCCAGAAGACAUAAGCUCAGGGUAAGUGUCUGCUCCUGAAGGACUUUUCACAUUUUUUGGUCGACCCGGGAGCCUGAUGUAUCUGAGAAUACAGAAGACAUAACUUGAGCUCUUUCAUGGCAUCCUUAAAAUUCUAAUGUUUAGAAGAACACAGUCCCUGCGUGGUUAACGAAUCUCUUAAUAAAAUCUUUCUUGUA